GCUGGUUCUGAUUUGGGUUCGAAUACUGGCAGAGCGCGGACCCUCCCGCUGAACGGAGGCUGUGACGCCUGGGUAGACUUUUCCAAAGUGCGCAGUUCAAAUGAAGAGUAUUACCUGAAGCUCGAGGAGCUGAAGAACGCCCACGCGGAGACCAUGGCGAAACUGGAAAGCCUGUGUCGGAACAGGCUGUGUUUAAAAGGAGUGCAGCCCUUGGGCAAGACGAACGCCGCUUCUCAGGCGCGUGGUAGGCCAGUUUGGGAGAGGAGCUCGUAUCAGCCUCUACAUGUGCACAGAUCCUUUUCAGACUCCGACUUAAGCGGUCCCUUAGGCUCAGGCCUGUCUGAUGGGUCUGACAGAGAAUUAGCGUUGGAAGAAAAGGACAGCGAAACCGGAUCAUCAUCUGCAUUCGCUAGGGAGCGGAUUGAAAAAAUGUGGGAUGGGUUCUCUGUGGAAGAGUACAUCUCCCGCAGCAGACACAGCCUGCCGAGCUCGCCAGCCUUCAGAACGAUACGGAAGAAACAGAAAGCCUGCUCACCAAAAGUUACUGUGCCCAAGCCUUUCCAGAUGACUAUUAGAGAAGCUAGGAAAAAGGAACAGAAUGUCAAAUCCAAGUCACUGAUUGAAAUGGAAAAUAACUUAUUGAAGAAGCAACUAGAAGAAGAAGCAGAGUGUCAGAAAAAAUUCCGAGCCAAACCAGUGCCUGCUGCCGUCUUCCUUCCGCUCUACCACGAAAUCGUGCAGCGAAACGAAGAACGCAGGAGGUCUGUGAAAGAGAGAAGCAGACUCAGGCUCCUGGCUUCUCAGAAGCCGUUUAAGUUCAUUGAACGAGAGAAGCAAAGGAAUGAAAUUAGGAAAAUGCAAUUAAGGGACCUCUCUGCACCCGACAAGAAAGCAAAACCGUUCAAAGCCAAUCCAGUUCCUAAAUGUGUCUACAGUCCAGCUGUUAACGACAGGCGGAAGGAGGAAGAGCUCUACAGAGAAAUCAGGAUCAGAAUGAGAGCUGAAGAGUUGCUGCGUAAUUCAUCGCUACCCAGCAGCAGACUGGCUUUAAAGGGGACCCAUAAAAAGAAGAAACACAGGUGCACUGAGCCAAAGGAAAUGGAGCAGAAACCCAAGAUCAAACCAAGCGUUCCAGAUUUUGAACUACUACACCAGAAACUUCAGAAUCGGCUCCUGCAACAAAAACAAGUGAAACACCUUACAGUCUGUAAACCUUUCCAUCUUCGUACUCCAUACAUUGCCUCAAACAAGGGGAAGAUUUUGAAGGACAUUCAAGAGGAUGAAGAGAAGUUGAAAGAAACACGCUGGCCAUAUGCCUCUCCGAGACGUAAACCUCAGAUGGGGCCUUUGAACGCACGCGCCUCGGGAUUUGGAGAACCUAAAUUGCCAAAAAGCACAGAAUCCACAAGACAACGGCUACAAGCCAUAAGGAAUUCCCUUGAGGAAAAGAGAAAGCUGGAAGAACAACAAAAAAGGAACAGCACAAAGCAGAAACAAAGAACGAAAAAACUCCAGAAAAUUGUAACAGCUCGGGCUGAGGCCAAUGACCCACAUCAGAGCCUAGCUCAGAUGUCUAAAUCCAAACUAAAAACACUCAGGAAUUAUGAGAAGCAGAGAAGGCAAGAAUAUUUGCAAGAGUUGCAAGAAAUGGAAGAAAGAGUAAAUCAAAGGCCAUUGCUUUUUGAAAGAGUCGCUCAGAAAAAUGCCAGAAUAGCUGCAGAAAAGCACUAUUUUAACAGACUGAGAGCGCUGGGGAUAUGCCCAGGGUUUCUUUCAAAGAAAGAACAAACAACUAAGUUGCUCCAGUGCUCCAGUGCUGAAGAUUUUAAUAACACCACUGAUGCCAGAGAAAGAGUGAUCAAGGAUAAAGUGAAAGAAAGGGAAUCCUUUGAGGAAGCACCUGACAGCACUCCUCAGUCCCAGCAGUCCUGCAAGGAGGUGGGAGAGAAGAGGAAUGGUGUUGAAGCCUCCAGCCAGGGUGGCCAGUGCAGUGAGGUGGAGGAUGAGGAAGAGGGAAUAGCCAGCCCUCAUGCUCACCAGCCUUGCCAUGCAGGAGAGGCUGGGCCCAGCCCUCCCUCUGACCAACACCUCGAAGAGGAAGAGGAAGCAACAGCAGGCCUGCCACGUGGCCAUUCCCAGGAGGAGGAGGAGGAAGAUGAUCAGUCAAGACCCAGCUCUCGGUCUGCCCAGUCGUACGAGCAUGAAGAGGAGGGUCAGUCAGACCCUGAAGCUGAGGAUGCCUUCAGGUAUGAGGAUGAGGAAUAUGAAAGUGACGAUUCAGAAGAGAAAACCAGCGGUGAUGAAGCUGGCUGA